AGUAUCCCAAUGCAUUAAACCUGGAAUGUUCUUCUGAUUCUCCUGUCAGGUCUAAUUAUUCUGGAAUCAGUAAACCAUGGCAUCAAAGAAAUUUGCUGUUAAAUGUGGGAAUUUUGCUGUCCUGGUGGAUCUUCACAUACUGCCGCAAGGUUCAAACAAAGAUACCAGCUGGUUUUCUGAACAGAAGAAAGAGGAAGUCUGUUUACUGUUAAAAGAAACCAUUGAUUCAAGAGUUAAGGAGUACUUGGAAGUUCGUAAACAACAUAGGCCAUCAAAUAUAGAAUUCACAAGAUCCAGUCCUUUGACCUUAAAAGGUUAUGGCUUUCAGAUCACAGCCUAUUUCCUCAAGAGAGGUAUUCGCCUCCACUGUUGUAGGAGUUCACAGAGUACUGAGCUCCGUGUAUUCCCUGACAGAUUUGUGGUCUGUGUAAGUCAGCUUUCAUUCAGUCGCGAUCUUACGGCAAAUCAGAAUAAAGAAUUGACAGAAGGAGCUCUCCACGGAGCGUCUGAUUAUUUUGCUGAGUGUGCGGAGAGUCCACUUCCUCCCAAUGCAAAGCGCAAGAGAAAUACUGUGAAAGAAAUUGUGAGAAGAACUGAAACAAAAACCAGCACUGUGGACAAAUCACGGAGCAGCCGGGACAUUGGGGGGACAGCUAGUGACCCAGUGGCUGCGGAGAUGGCAAGGAGGAGGGGUGACAGUCAGGCUUCAGCCAGUCCCCCAUCAGAGUCCACGGGACAAGCAGACGAUUACAUAAAGGCAGCUGAGAGCCACUGGGGGCUUCCUGUUCAAAAGCUGGAAAAUGUUCAUCAGGCCUCGCCAGAAGACACUAGCAGCCAGCAAAAACCUCCUCGUGGGGAGUGGUCAGAGACAGGGCUUCUAAGCAGGAGCCCCAUCUGUAGCUGUGAGUCAGCAUCACCAGGUCCAAAACAAAGUCCACAAGGGGCCAGAACACAACAGAAACACAGGAACCUCGGCUCUGCGGAAGACAUCGACCACCACAAGAGAGUUUCUCUUGGAAGUGAUUGAUUAGUCCCAAGAGAAAUAAUAAUGGAAAAAAGCAAAGGCAGGGCUUUGCUAACUUCAGAGCUGUCGGAUCCGGGGUUGCUUUUGAAACAAGGUUUGGCAAAAAUGGUGUCUAAUGAAGACUUGCAUGUUUUGGAAAAUCUUUCCUCCGGACAUCUUACGAAAAAUAAGCCAGGGCAGGCACAGCAAACCGGCUCAGUCACAAACACUGAAAGAUUAUCUGCAAUCCAGAGCAGCCCAACCAAGGAAAGAAAGAAGCAUGAAAGAGGCCACUAACUUAUUAAAGGGGAUUGCAGAGAUGUAGUUGGGCUAUAGUGGCUAAAGAUGUGGAAAGAGAUGGGUAUGUUUAGAUGCUGUGAUUUUAAAGGAAUUAGAAUGAUUGUUUUGUACCAAAAGUAUCUAUCUGUGUUAGGGUUAGUUUUCAAUGCAUUCAUCUUCAGGAGGCUAUAGGCUUUUUCUAACAACGUUGCUACUUUCUCAUACUUUAUAACUGUCUUCAGGGGCGUCUGGGUGGCUCAGUUGGUUAAGCGUCCGGCUUCAGCUCAGGUCAUGAUCUCAUGGUUUGUGGGU